AUAAAUGUUACAGUUCAUUCUCCACAGUGGAUUUGAUUCAGAGAGGGAUAAAAGUUAGGUCAGGAACUUGGAUAGACAUGGAACUGUUUCAUUGUCAUAUUAUUCCAGUUUGCACACUGUGCAUGGUCUUCAUCAUGGGGGUGUCAUUGGUUUACAGUUCAGAGUCUACUGCACAAAUGUCAACUGUAGUAAAGUAUAGGAUUCAACAAUAUUGCCAGAAAUUGAACUUCACAACGACCAAUGAGGACUGUGGUAGCUUGGUUGAUAAUGUAUCGAGAAUUAUGGAGGCCUGCCGAAAGGAAAAUUACAGUAGCAGUUGCAACGUGUAUACCAACCCAAACGAUGAGAGUAUAUUCUUUUGUAUGAAAACUGAAGGAAGUUCACAAUGUAUUAACAUUCUCUGUAAUUUAACAUUUAAAAGAGAAACGGAUCCCAAUCCAAGGGAAAGAAUUGACACCGAUACAUUAAGUCCAACCUGUAUAUAUAAGUAUGCUACGAUGGAAUCCAAGGAUUGUGUCACCAGUUCGGGUGAUGAAGAAAGGCGUGGACAUACUGAAAGAAGCCAAACAAAUUUAAGCGGAAGAGGAUGGUCUAUGUUAUUAGCAGCGUUCCUGGCCGGAGUAAUGGUUUCCAGUAUAAUUUUCUUUUUGAGAGAUUGGAUUCGCAAACGAUGGAACACCAGACACUCUAUAACUUCUAUAUCUGUGCAGACCGAGGACUCCCACGUUACCAAUGCUGGAUAUUUAAAUGCAGUCUAUACGGACAUUUCAAAUUUGCAAGGAGAAGAGUCCAGCAAUGAUGAUACCUCAAUUCUUGAUCCAGGGAUGUGUUGUGGUAUCGAUCCGGUUAUACCCGAUCUAUACAAUUAUUCAAGGCCCGAGGAGGAACAGAAGAGUGAUGUUUACAACAUUCUUCAAGGAUUAGAUGAGGGAAUGCUGAGUAUAGGAAAAGCAGAAAAUGAAAAGACCUUAAACGAUGCGUUAUUGACAUCGGGUGAACAGUCACUCCUUACAAAAAAACAAAGCGAAGACAUGCAACAAUUAUACUUCUGUUUGGAAAAGAGAGAAGAUGCCACGUUAUUCAAUGAAACGCCCUGUUAAAGGACAACAUCCGGAUUGGGAUUAAAAUUCAUUUCCUUAAAAUUAAUUUGAAGUGCUUGAAAGAAUGCUUAGAUUAUUCUAAUGUCCUGCAGCGGUUUUUGUUUCUAUGUUUAUUUGUUUAACGUCCGGUGGAUAUCUUAUUUACUCGUAUUAAGACGUCAACAGCUGCAAGUGUAGUGCUGAAUAUUUAUACUUGCGCAGGAUCACCAGGGUAGUAACAAUCAUUGUUUGUUAUAUUACCAACUAUAAAUGGAAUUUUAGUUUUGAUGUAUCAUCCAAAGAGCCUCAACUUAAGAUCUCACUCCUAAAUGCCUAGUGUUAGGCGAAGGAGCAAUUACUGUCCACGACCUUCCGGUCACAAAGUGAACUCCGUAACCGUUAGCCCUUCUCGAAAACUCUUAGAUAUAUACAUUAACUUCUUGACAUUUUUUUUAUGAAACAUGUUUGAAAUGUUUAAAUGUAUCUUUCCUCAAUUGUUUUAAUUUGUUUUAUUAUAAAGUGCAGCAACAUCAA